AUGUCAAGCAAAUUACUGUGCCCUAAUUGCUCUUUGAGCUCUCGUUUGGGCGUGUUUGUGAAAGAACAGUCCAAAUCCGUACAUACAGUAAGUCAUUCGUUGCCGACUCUCCAAGGAUACAUCAUUACAGCAAAAAAUAACUCGAAUCCUUCUUCAAAACGUUCUGAGGUUCGGCCGGAGAUCUCUUCACGUCGAAACUUCUCAGCAACCCCUAACGCUAGCUCUGGCAUACUAAAGAGCCUGGCAUCUCGUCAAGGAGGUACAGCCGAAACAUAUGUUUCAUAUGGAUUUACUCAGAAACUGUAUGAAGCUUGCUCGUCUCAAGCGGACUAUGAAAUUCCACAAUUAGCCCAAAAGGGAGUCGAAGUCCCCAAGACUGCCGACGGUGAGGAGCUUGGAGUUGGGGAGGGUUGGUGGUAUAAAGAACUUGGAUUGCUUCCUACGUUCUCUACAUGGUCGCAGGUCACUUUCCUGCACAUGUACCUGCUGACAGUCCGUAUCCGCGCCCUACCAUCGCCCGAAAGUGUACGAACCCACUCUCGCCAUUUAUUCGAUCACUUUUCGCACAACGCCGAACAGCGCAUGGCCACACUCCACAACAUCUCCAGCCGCAGCAUCCGCAACAAAUAUCUCAAAGAUCUCUUCAUCCAAUGGCGAGGCGUCCUCGCCGCAUACGAUGAGGGCCUCGUGAAAGGCGACGCCGUUCUCGGUGCGGCCGUAUGGAGAAAUAUAUGGAAAGCAAGCGGCACUACACACGACGGCCAAGACCUAGACUGGGCCAAAGUAGCUACUGUCGUGGCUUAUAUGCGUCGUGUGCUCUCAGAAUUGGCCAAGACGAAUGAAGCGGAUCUUGUCUUUGAUCUUGUCAGCUCGGAUUCUAUUGCAGCUGCUGUUGCAGGAAAGGAGAAGAAGGCUAUAUUUGGACCUAGGAGCAUUGAUUUGAAGCUUGGUGGGAUGAAGUAG